AUGGAUGGGAAAAAAACGGGUUACCCUUUUUUCCCCUUCUUUCCCCCAUGUCCUCGUGAUCACUCACACGUCUCUGACCAAGCAGAAAAAAUUGGGAAGAAGCCCCGCCAUCGAACAGCCCGCGCGCACAAAGACCGACCCGACGCCAACCCACACAUCAUCAAACGGACAAAGUCGGGGGCCCGUGGGAGACGCAGGAAAAGUGCGGGCGAAGCUUGCUCGUAUGCGGGACGCCUGCGGAUGGGGAGAGAGAUUGUGGGUGAUGGGCUGGUUCUGGCCCAGAUCCAUUGGUCAUGGGCGUGGGAUAGGAAGAGGUUCCGCCAUUGCGGGAUGGCGGUGACAUGUGUUUGGGUCGUGUCGAUCGACGUGUGCGUGUGUGUGUGUAUGUGUGCUUCUCAGGGACAGGAAACCUUCUUCUGGACGUCGGCGAAGACGAUGGGCGGCGGGUGGAGGACAUCACGGCGGGUCUGGCCAUAG